AUGGCCUCGAGACCGGAGAGAUCCAAUGACCCGCUGAGCGAUUCGGAGUCGUCCUCUAUCGGCUCCCGUGCGGACGAUGAGGGGUGGGAUGAUGUCGAGGCAGACGAGGAGGAGAGCGUAGAGGUUGUAUCCCUGCUGGACGACCGCGUGUUCCCGGACGUCCUGAGCAUGCUUGCCUACUGCAAGGAGAAGCACAGCUUCGACUUUCUCGCUGUCCGACAGAAGCUGCAGCUUGAUUUUCACGGAUCUGUCAAGCUUGUCAACUAUGUCCGCCAGCGUGUCCGUGAUGGCAACACCGUGACGGAGGAUAUCUCGAGCGCAGACAUUAGCAGCGACGAGUACCUGAAGCCUGUUUUGGAUGAUGAUGCUGUCAUUCUCGGCCUAUUUGACCUCCCCGAGGUCACCGCGGACGCAGCCACUGGCGACUCUGCCAAAGCCGCCAGCCCCGAGGAGAUGGCGAAGCGCAAUGCCGAGCUCGAGGAGCAGCUCGCUCGCAUGACCCUGCAGUUCGACAACUACCGCCAGUCGGUGCAGCAGCUGCUGGAUGAGCGCUGGGGCGAUGCGGACCAGGCCGAGGCCGAGGCCAAGGAGUCUGGCAAGGGCAAGGCAGCUGCCGAAGAGCCCCUGGAUCCUUCUCGGUACUACUGGGAGUCUUAUGCGGGCAACGACAUCCACGAGACCAUGCUCAAGGACACUGUCCGCACAGAGGCCUACAGGGACUUUAUCUACCACAACAAGCAUCUCUUCAAGGGCAAGACAGUGCUCGACAUUGGUUGCGGAACAGGCAUUCUCAGCAUGUUCUGCGCCAAGGCAGGUGCCGCCAAGGUCCUCGCCGUCGACGCAAGCGCCAUCAUUGCCAAGGCGCGCGAGAACGUCUUCCGCAACGGCCUCGAUUCGACAAUCACCUGCAUCCACGGCAAGAUUGAGGAGGUCACGCUCCCCGUAGACAAGGUCGACAUCAUCGUGAGCGAGUGGAUGGGUUACUGCCUGCUGUUCGAGGCCAUGCUGCCGUCGGUCCUCUUUGCCCGCGACAAGUACCUCAAGCCCGACGGCCUGCUGGUGCCCAGCCACACCAACAUCUGGCUCGCGCCCGUGGCCGACCCCGAGUACGUCGACGACAACAUCUCGUUCUGGCGCGACGUGUACGGGUUCGACAUGCAGGCCAUGCAGACGGGCAUCUACGCCGACACGCGCGUGCUGCACAUGCCCCAGGCGGCCGUGGCCGGCAAGCCCGCGCCCUUCAAGCUGCUCGACCACUACACCUGCAAGACGGAGGACCUGAGCUUCACCGCGCCCUACACGACCAAGCUGUCCAGGGACAUUGACAACCUCGACGGGUUCCUCGUGUGGUUCGACACCUUCUUCGCGCCCGCGCGGGACUCGCACGAGACGGACGUCGUGCUGGACAGCGUCGCCGACGAGUGGAAGGUCGCGCGCGACGUCGAGAGCCGCGUGGCGUUCACCACGGGCCCGUACAACACCGAGACGCACUGGAGGCAGGGCCUGCUGCUGUGCAAGCCGGAGGAGGGCAAGGACGGCAAGGUGGUGGUGGAGGCAGCCAAGAUGAAGGAGGGCGACGAGAUCAAAGGCGAUAUCACGUUUGCGGUGGACGAGGAGCACGCGCGCGCGCUGGCGCUCAAGAUGACGUGGAACGGCAAGGCGCAGAGCUGGGCGCUCAAGUGA